AUGAGAUGUCUCAUAAACGAGGGGAUGCAUGUAGGCAACCGGUUGCAUAGCGUUGUGCUCGUGAAUGAAGGCUUCAUCCGAGCCCAACACGAAGCAGAGGACUUGAAGGGCCAGCUGGAUGCUCAGAGCCGAGAAACCGAAAAGUUUAAGCUUAUCUUGCAGGAAAAAGAGGACCAGCUGAACCGAUUAAUCGCUCCCCCGAACCUUCAAUCCGAGCUUGAAGCAGCUAAAACUGAUAACCUCCGUCUAAAGGCUGAACUCGAUGAUUUCGUAGAAAAGAACUGUUAUAUCCCCCGAGAGAAUGCUAACUUUGCUACAAAACUCGGUGAGUUUGAGGCUCCUAUCGCCGAACUUCGAGGUGAGCUUAACUCGGUCAAGGUUGAUGCCGAGAAAGCGGUAGAAAAGUCUAGGCAGCUCGAAGUCGAGAGAUCCAUCGAGAAGGAGAAGCUGAGGGUUUUUGAAGAAAAGGCCGAGACUCGUGCCCGGAUUAGUAAUGAACUUAAAGGCAAGCUCGAGGAAGCUAUUGCGGCCAAUGAUCGUCUCCAAACCGAGCUUACAUCUGUCAAUGAGGUUCGAAUCACUCUAAUUGACAUGAAAUCUGAGUUGGAGCAGAAGCUGAAGAAAACUGAGGCCAAUCUAAAUGAAGCCCUUAAUGAUAUAGUGGCCGCCGAGGCUCGUUCUACGCUCUUGGCUGAGUAUGAACGGUGGAAAUCCCCGAGGAUGACCCUCGAGCAUGGUGAACAGGGUAUGGAAAAUAUCCCGGCUCGCAUACUUGAUGCGAGGAUGAUCGAAUAUAAUGCUAAGAAAGCUCUUGAGGCUAGCUCUGAAGACGAUUCCGAGGAGACUAUAUCCGAGAACUCGGGUUCAUCUCAUACCGAGUAG